CUUUCCACCUGCUAACCUUGGUCUCCCUCUUUGCCUAACAUAAACCUGCCUCCCCCAUCUACCCACCAUACAGACCGUCUCUCUCUGCAUGGGCUCCUUUGCAUGCAUAUAUAUAGAUAUAUAUGUAUGUAUGUGUAUACAUUGUCUUUUCCGUCGAGAAGCUUGAUUCCAUUGCCACGCGAGUGUUCUUCACAUCAUGGCUGCCGCGGGCAUUGUAGAUCCCACCAAAGCGGGCAAAUACCCAGUCGUCCUCAGUGAUGCCCUCCUGGGCAAGAGAUCGAGCGAAGUCUACACAGGUGUAAGAUGUAAGCGACGCCAAGUGCUCUCCUUCUUACGGGCAGUAUUGCUGCGAACAACGACGGCUGGCUGACAUGCUCGGAACCAGACAACCAUAGACCAGAAGCACCG